GUUUCCACUUCCGUCUCCGCCUUGCGACCUCAGGCAACCGUUGUUCUUCCGUCUCUCCCGCUUCUUCUUCCUUCUCCUUCUCUUGUUUGACUUCGCUCUUGUCCUACCCGCUGUUUUCUCACCGUUGAUUCCCUUUUCAGUCGUCUUGUUUUUGCUUUCCUUCUCUGCCCACGAUGGCUCCCGCCGUCACUCCGCCGUCCCUCGCCCGCAAGGACACGGUCCUGUCGCGACGUUACAUCGAAGGCCAGAUUGCGGAGGGCAAGCAUCUCAUCAUCUUCGAAGGCUGCGUGCUGAAAGUGGACGCUUUGCUUCCUUUCCACCCGGGAGGUGAAAAGCCUAUCAAGCAUAUGGUCGGAAGAGAUGCCACAGAUGAGAUGAAUGCUUUACAUGGGGAAGAUACAUGCCGGCAGUUUCGAAAAUAUCAGAUCGGUCGCAUCAAUGGACCAUGGUUGAACUUCCUCCCUCCGAUCCAUGGCGGAAAGUUCCGUCCCUACGCGGAGGAAUCGUGCUCGACCGACGAAGAGAGCUCAGGCCUGGAAACGUCAACGCCUCCUUCCCCGAUAUUUGAUGCAGUCGAUGGAAAGGUCCGCCGCCGAAAAACUUCUGCCACCACCGAUUCGUCGGUCUCGACCCCCCCGAAUGAGGAGGUUGAGUCCAGGCCCUUCUUCCUGGAUGCACGAACCCGAGAAGAGAUCGUAUUCGAUACGGCCAAAUACCCCUCUCUCGACAUGGAAAGCCAGGAUAUGAUCAGGACGAAAUAUCGGGAAUUGGACGAGAAGAUUCGCGCGGAAGGUCUAUACCAAUGCAACUACUUCUCGUACUUCAUCGAAUGCUGUCGCUAUACGCUUUUCGGAACGUUGGCCUAUGUGCUCCUGCAGUGGGAAUGGUACGCAAGCUCGGCAUUCUUUCUGGGAUGCCUCUGGCAUCAACUCGUCUUCACCGCCCAUGAUGCUGGCCAUAUGGGCAUCACUCACAACUUCCACGUGGACACGACGAUUGGGAUGAUCAUUGCCGACUGGAUUGGGGGUCUUAGUCUCGGUUGGUGGAAGCGCAGUCACAACGUUCAUCACAUCGUGACAAACGAACCUGAGCAUGACCCUGAUAUUGAGCACAUGCCUUUCUUCGCGGUUUCGCAUCGGUUCUUCGACAGCCUUCGAAGCACUUACUAUGACCGAGUCAUGAAGUUCGACGCCGUAUCUAAGGUGAUGCUGAAAUAUCAGGACUACCUCUACUACCCAAUCCUGAUGCUUGCACGGUUCAAUCUUUACCGUCUGAGCUGGGAAUACCUCCUGACCGGCCAGGCUCCCAAGAGGGGCCCUGCUUGGUGGCACCGCUGGUUCGAGUUUGCCGGUCAGAUCUUCUUCUGGUACUGGUUUGGCUAUGGUGUCCUCUACUGCACCCUCCCCGACUGGAGCACCCGCCUAACAUACCUCAUGGUUUCCCACAUCGUCACCUCUCCGCUGCACAUUCAGAUCACGCUGUCCCAUUUUGCCAUGUCCACAGCGGACAUGGGCGUCAGCGAAUCAUUCCCACAGAAGAUGCUUCGCACCACUAUGGACGUGGACUGCCCAACCUGGCUCGACUUCUUCCACGGAGGCCUGCAGUUCCAGGCGAUCCACCACCUCUACCCCCGUAUGCCCCGCCACAACUUGCGUCGUGCGCAGAAGCUGGUCCUGGAGUUCUGUAAAGACACGGGCAUCCCCUACGCCCUCUUUACCUUCUACGACGGCAACAAAGAAGUCCUCGGCAAGCUCGGCGACGUCGCGAAGCAGCUCCGUCUUCUUGAAGAAUGUCGCAAGACAUGCGCCGAUCAGGGCACCCUUCUGGAUCAUCACUAAAUGAUUUUGCACCUUCCUCUUUCCGCGACUCGCACUGUUUGAUUGAUCCCCUGGCGUAUAUCCACGCACGCUAAACCUCCUCUGGGUGUUGUAAAUAUUCAUUGCCUCUGUAUUUAUCUGGUGGCCUCUUUUGUUUGGGUAUCGGAUUCUCUGCUGAUUUAGAUCACCCGCAAUUCCCGCGUCAAUGUGUUUACGAUGCUCCUAGUGUUGAUUAUGAUAUAAUGGUCCUGUAUUUAUUUGUCGAUGUAUCUCCAGCUUGUUGGCGUCGAGCUGAAUCUCAAUUGAUGGUCUUAUGGUAUUAUAUACGAUUUCUCGUCG